AUGUUUGCAGCACAGCUCAUCGCCCUCUUGGUGCUGGCCUGGGCUGCCGAGCGGGUGGUGUACAACCUCUUUCUGCACCCGCUGCGUGACUAUCCUGGGCCCUUGCUCAACCGGGCCACGCCGCUACCUCGCAUGCGUGCCCGUCUGACAGGCCGAAGCCCGUUCCAAUCCCACGAGCUCCACAAGCGCUACGGCAAAGUAGUGCGCGUGAGCCCGAACGAGUUGAGUUAUUGCGACGGGGAUGCCUGGAAAGACAUAUACGGCUACGGGUCCAAAGGGUCGCUGCCGCGCGACCUGCGCACCCAACCGCGCGGCGUUGACGGCGAGCCGUCCCUGAUCCUGACCACCGACAACGAGGAGCACCGCAACCUCCGCAACGUCUUCUCGCCCGCCUUCUCGCAGCGCGCGCUGAAGGAGCAAGAGCCGCUGCUCCUCAAAUACAUCAACCUCUUCGCCGACAAGAUCCACGACGUGGCCGCCGCGUCCCCCUCGCACACGGUCGACAUCACCCAGUUCUUCAACUUCGCCACCUUCGACAUCAUGUCCGACCUCGCCUUCGGCAACCCCAUGGGGCUCCUCGACCGCGCCGAGUACACCGACUGGGUGCGCAGCACCUUCGCCGGCAUCAAGCUCUUCUCCAUCCGCGCCGCCCUCUCCUACUACAUCCCCCUCCUCGACUGGCUCAUGCCGCUCCUGCUCCCGCGCUCGCUGCAAGCCAAGCGCAAAGCCCACAUGAAAUACGCCGCCGACCAAGUCCACGCACGACUGGCCCGCGGCGGCGCCCUCGCCGGCCGCCCGGACAUCUGGACGCUCGUCCUACGCACCUACGACGGCUCGCACGAGCGCGUGCGCCUCUCCAUGGGCCAGAUGGAAAGCAACGCCUCGCUCUUCAUGGUCGCCGGCACCGAGACCACCGCCACCCUCCUCGCCGGCGCCGCCUACCUGCUCGCCACGCACCCGCCCGCCCACGCCCGCCUCGCCGCCGAGCUCCGCGCCGCGUUUGCAGUCCGCGCCGACAUGACGCUCGAGGCCCUGCAGAACCAGUCGCGCCUGCCCUACCUCGCCGCCGUCGUCGACGAGGCCCUGCGCGUCUACCCGCCCGUCCCGGACGCCCAGACCCGCCGCGUCCCCGGCGCCGGCGUCGAGGUCGCGGGCAGGUGGGUCCCCGGCGGCGCGACCGUGUUCGUGACGCAGUACGCGGCGAAUCGCUACCCGCGGAGCUGGACGGCCCCCGACGAGUUUUGCCCCGAGCGCUGGCUGCCCGAGGGGGAGGAGCGGUUCGGCGCGGAUGAGAGGAGGGCGUGCCAGCCGUUUAGUGUGGGGCCAAGGAAUUGUUUGGGCAUGAAUCUUGCCUACCACGAGAUUCGCCUCCUUCUCGCCUACCUGGUGUGGCACUUUGACUUUGAACUCUGCGAGGAAAGCGCGCGCUGGAUGGACCAGAAGGUGUUUGCGCUGUGGGCAAAGCCGCCGCUGAUGAUCAAAGUCACCCCGGUCCCGGGCCGCUGGAAGGAAUGA